GCUAGUUAGAUACUACGGAUUAACCCAUUAACGCCUAGCGUCACCGUAUGGUCACAAGUGUAAGGCUCCCUAUAUUUGACGCCUGUCCCCAACCUUCUACUUCUGUCGGAUAGAUAGCGCCAUGAGUCUCUUUAGAAUGGUUCUAAUAAGCAUCGGAAGAGUUACAGUUCUACUUUGUGUGUGAUUUAUGACCCUGAGACAGUUUUCCGUUUAGUAAUUUUUGUUGUUCUACAAAACUGCCAUGGAACCAAGGUUUGAGAGAGGUUUUACACUUCAAGAGGCUUUGGAAAUUGCCUAUAAUGAAGAUAUAGAUGAAAUAUUUAUUGAACCACCCGAUGCAAGCGUCCUGACUGAUGUGGACUCGGGAGAUGAAGAUGGGGGUGGAUUUGUGGACAACCUAUCUGGAGGACAACUUCGAGCUCAAGCUGAAGUAAAACUUCUGGACAAUAAUAGAAUUGGUGGAUGCACUUCUGAUGAUCAAAUACUUUCGCAAGAGAGUGCUCUGUCACAGCGAGAUUCACCUAUAUUGCACAACAUCAUGCCACAAGUAAACGUUUCAGCUAAGUUAGAAGAAUUCCAAUGGAUCCAGGGCGAUUUGGAGCCAAGUCGCCAAAGUUUUCCAGAUGGUAAUCAUUUGCAGUAUCAAAACUUGUCUCCGGUACAGUUAUUUGAGAUGUUCAUUGAUGACGAAGUUCUGUCUAUUUUGAUUGAGGAAACCUCUAGAUAUGCCUGUUCAAAAACUGCCCUGAUCCACGUGUGA